GGCGGCAGCCCGGGCUCUCCAUGAGCGAGCGGCGGCGGCGACGGGUGCGGUGGCACCGGCGGUUUUCGGUCCCCGAGGAGGAUGAAGACACUGUUUGAAGAGAUCAAAGCAUCAAUUAAAAAUAACUAUAAUCAAGAUCGCUCAUUUUGGAGGCCUGUUCUUCCUUGGGGAGGUGUUUUUACUAUCAAAGCUGGCCGCAAAGCAGUAUCCUGUACACCACUCUAUGUUGAAAUAAGACUGAAAAAUACCUGCACCAUAGAUGGAUUCUUGAUGUUAUUAUAUGUCAUUCUUCAUGAAAAUGAAAAUUUUCCCAGGGAACUCUCUCUUCAUUUAGGUAGAGAGUUUGUAGACUGUUUUCUUUAUUUAAUGGACACCUACAGUUUUACAACUGUGAAGCUACUUUGGAUUUGGGACAAGAUGGAAAAACAGCAAUAUAAAUCUGAAGUUCAUAAAGCUUCAUUAAUAAUCGAUUUGUUUGGGAAUGAACAUGAUAAUUUUACAAAAAAUCUCGAAAAUCUCAUGUCUACCAUACAAGAGAGUUACUGUUCCAAUUGGCGAUGCCCAAUUCGAGUGCAGGAAGAUCAGCAGCGUACAAUUAAUAUAAAUCCUCCCCAAGAAAUUCCACAUGGAAACUUGAUACGACUGGCUGUGGAUGAGUUAUUCUGUUCCAGGAUUGAACUGUGUGAAGAGCAGGGGUGUGGUGGCUUAAGAGAAUUCUCCCAACGAGUUUUCUGCCAUGGGGCACCUCCUUUUGUUGUCUUAAAUAUGCAGCAUUGGAAAUCUGAAGAUCUGGCAUAUGUACCCUAUUAUUUGGAUUUAUCUGAUCACAAGUAUUUGUUGGAAGGUGCCACAUUAUUUAACAAAGAGGAACAUCAUUAUUCUGCAGCUUUCCAAAUUGAUGGACAUUGGAUGCAUUAUGAUGGCCUCAGAAAUGUGAAUUUAAUUUUGUUAAAUAAACCCCCAGAGUUUCUCCUCUUGUCAUCAUUGGUUUAUAUUCGAGCAGCAGAGAAAUAAAUAUAGACUGAUGCUAAAUUUAAUUGUUUUCCCUCCUGCCCAUUGCUCCCUAAGAUGAAGGGCUUUUAUUUUGUAUGUACUUGGUAUCCAAGAAAAAUAGUUCAACUAUAUUAGUUUCAGAGGUGUCUUUUCCAGUGUAUAGCCCCAGGUAAAUAUUUUAUAUGGAGAAUCUAUGCAAAAAUGUUCGUAUUUCUUUUUUCUAUAUCAUGGGUUAUUUUUAUACAAGCAUAUUUUAUGUUGAGAGAAAAUAUAUCUUUGUAUUUUUUAUUUAUAUGUACCUCAAAGGUUUUUUUACAAUUCUGUCCUUGAAUCUAAGAAAAUACUUUGUCAUGAAUUAUCAAAGUUUUUGUUUAUAUUCAACUAAAACCUGGAUACAAGUCACUGUUUCAGUUUAUAUAAAUUUCACAGUUCAAGAUGUAUCUGACUUUAUUUCUUUGCCCUACCUCACUAUAAUCCAAAGUGCACUAUUGGAUUAGUAUGUAUUUGAAUGUACAAGUUAUAGAUGGCUUAGUCUAUUAUACCUGUUGUUUUGCCUAAUUUUUAAAAUUUUUGGUGAGAAUGAUUUUUCUGGGCUUGAAUAAUUUCUUUACAAUAGCAAAUUCCUUUAACCACUUGCUAAAGUAUUAUAAACCUGCCAGUGAAUUUUAAAUGUUAAGUUCCUGAGCGUAAUUGGAGUUAUUGUUCAAAAUAAAUUAUAUAACUAAUCUAAACAUUUAUUUCAUAAUUAAAUGUAAUGGAAAUUCUCCAGUAGAAAUGUAUUUUGCAGAUAAGACAACCAUAAAAAAAAUUAGGCAACUGGAUGUUUACUAAUGUUGGAUUGACAGUAGAAAUGUACUUUAAAUAUAUACUUAAGAAAAAAAAUGGGUGCUUGGGAAUAUUUCUUUUCCUAGUAAGUCAUAUUGGCACAGGAAAAAAAAAACUUAAAUUUUUGUAGUAAUAUCUGCUAGCUCCCUUAUAAAUAGUAAAUUGGUAAGAUCAGCCUUUGAUUUGCAAUAGAAAUCACUAGAAUUGUAUAGAUAACAGAAUAUUGUGUUUCUCUUCAAAGACCCUAAGAUCUCUCCCUCUUUUGUGAUGUAAAGGAAAAAAAUAAGUAAUGUUCUUAAGGAAAAAUACUUUUUGAAAUUAAUAACAAUUUUUUUGUAUUUACAUUU